AUGCCCCCACUACGCCAAGCGAAGUCGCCAAAGAGCAACAAUCUCGACAAGAUUUCAGCUUUCGCUACAUUCUCGCGGGACUUCUCGACGCGUCUCCUCGCCGCAAACGAUACCCUCUCCAUCGAUGCGUUGCUUGGAGAGCUCAAUCCGCAGCUCGAGGCGAUCGUCCACUUCUCUGCAAAAUCGACGGCAAAGCCUCAAAGGUCGGAACUCGACAAGAGAGGAACGGAGCUCUGGAACUUGUGCACCCGACAACGUCGCGAUAGUGUGGACGGGGCGCCGGCCGCGAGGAAGAAAUUGCUGUUGCGCAGCAGGACCUAUGCCUUUUUCAUGAUCAGCAUCGCGAGAGGUGUGUCGGCGUGCGCCGAGCCCCAGCUUGCGGACGUGGUGCAUCUGAUGAAGCUGGCGCUCAAGGCUGGGAAGACGUGUCUUGAAGACGGCGGUACUAGUUCGAGUGCCUUGAAGCUUGCCGAGACCAUCUUUGAAAAGGGGGCGGAGUAUAAUGCAGCGUUGGAGAAGCUGCAGACGACCAUGUUAGGACCAGAUGACUUGGCAGAAUCCGAGAAGAUGGCAGAGGUUUUGUUCGAAAUCGGGAAGGAUCUCUCCAAGAAGAACGACUUUGCCAUGGCGGUACGAUGGCUCGAACGGGGUUACGACAUCAUCAACGCCCAUGACCUGGCGCGUCUUUCCCGCGACGCCAUCGAGCUGCGCCUCUCCGUCUGCCAGGCCCUGAUCCACGCGCUGCUGGGUAUGAACACGCCAGAAACUUCGCAAAAGGCACUGGGCUUGGUCAACUACAUCGAGUCCGAGAUUGGCGACAAGCCCGUCGUCCUGCUUCUUCGCUUAGAUCUUUUGCAAAGGGCACCGGCCGAGGUCUUUGACGUUGAGGCCUACGCUGACAUCUUGAGGCGGAUGGUGCGGUCUUUCAACUUCUCCGAGGCGCACUUUAAACUUCUGGUGCAUCAUGCGCGCAAGUUGCACGACAAGAGCCCGACGCUGGCGACGAGCGUUGUGGAUGGGAUGCUCAGGGGCACCAUUUUCACUUCCGGACGCUCAGAGUGGGCCGAGAGGUUGGUGCUGUUGAGGAUAUGGAUGGAGACGACGCAGAGGAAUGGUAUGAGAGCCAUCGAAGAGCUGAUGGGGGUCCUGGUAGGGCUGCAAGAUAAUUUGAGCCAAGCCUUUGGGGCUUCUACGUCAGUUGGGGCGUUGACUCUCAUUUGGAAAAAGAUUGAGGUCAACUACAACCAAGGACACUUCGACUUUGCAGACGGCUGGUGUCAGAUAGCCCUGCAGCCUCUGUUCCAGAACGGCGGACCUGCGAAUAUGUCGAGACUCGGCAGAAAGCUCAUUCUCUGUGCCUUGGGGAGAAAUGAUACCGAAAGGGCACGGCAAGUCUUUCACAGCAUGACAGAGGCAGCACAGAACGAGCCGAUGACGAGGUACCUGAUGUACAAGGCUGCCCUGCGUUCAGCAGACCGAGAGUUGGCUGCCGAGUGCCUGGAACGAGUGGGUGCAGCGGCGGAUCGAGACCCGAACUUUCUUUAUGCUUGUGUCCUCGAGGCACAGCAGGCCGGGGAUAGGGUCUGCGCGAUGCAGGCCCUCAAGCAGUUGGUAGAGAAGUUUGAGUUCAGCGAGACGUCUCCGAUCCAUCUCCCGGCGCUUCUGCGAUGUAAUAUCCGGCUUGCAGUGUCAGUCGCCGAGAGCGAAAAAGGUGCGAAAGAACGACAAGGUGCGGUGGACGAAGUGCUUGCAUUGUUUGAAGGAGCUGUCAAAGCUGUCCAGCGAGACCCUAAAGAUGAGGAUGGCAACCGGUUGUUCACUAUCAAGGAACUCGACUGGUUCUGCCAGAACGCAUACAACCUGGGCCUCAAACACUCAGACAGCUGGGACGUCAGGCAUCUCAUCCGGCUCUACAACAGCUGCCUCGCCAUCGCGGCGCACUAUCCAAUAGACCUUCCCGCCGAAGCGGCGAGCGACCUCGCAUUCAGGACAAUGUUUUGCGACUUUAUCGCGGCCGCCGCUUUGGUGUCGCUCGCCCGGACAGAAGACAACAUUGAGCAGCAGCUGCAACAUUACCUCGUCAUGCGGAGGCAUGUCGUAGCCUAUAACGCGGCUUUGGAGAAGCAGAUGAGCAACGGUCUGGACAAGAGGCUGAAGAGCGACCUGACGGCCAAGCUUGCGACGCUGAUGGUUUUUGAUUUUGAGGCGGCGAUGGCGUUGAAGAAGGUUGACGACCUGGGGUGCAUUAUUCGCACCGCGGUGACAUGUCGGGAUGUGGAUACGCUCAAGGCGAUGGGGGAUAUUGCGCUGCGAGGCAGGUUGCCUGGCCACGCACUCUAUUCCACGCUCGGCGUCAUCGUCAACGAGAUCUAG